CUCCACGUCGAGGUACCCGUUUGGCUGUCCACUUUCUACUUGGUGGCUUUAUCCCCUAUCAACCACUGAAGCUAUACUGAACUGUCCAUCAUUCAACAAUCAACAACAAACAGUCCCUAUACCGACAACAACCAACAACUUUACGACAUCAAUACCUGGGUCAUCCCAUAAUCUCACACCAGGCCGGUCCUCGACGCCAACUUAACCCUUGCCAUUCGAUCAAUACCACCAUCAUCUAAUAAUCCUAAAACUCCCCCAAACCGAUAAUCAAGAUGUCCGACCCCUUCGGAGCCGAGGCCGAGUUAAUCAACAUCGAGAGCCACUUCCACCAAGGCCAAUACCAAGAAGUCAUCGACUUCGACACCACCUCCUUCUCGUCCGAGAACGCCCUCCCCGCGCGCGUCCUCCAGCUGCGCGCGCGCAUCGCGCUCGGCCAGGCCGAGGACGUGCUCGCCGAAGUUGCGGGAGAGAAGAAGCCGGAGCUCGAGGCGGUGGGCGCGCUGGCCCAGCUGAGCGCGGGCGACGCCGAGUCGGCCGUGGAGACGAUCGAGCAGCUGGCGGCCACGGACGCGGGCGAAAUCGGGAUCGUCCAGGUCGUGGGCGGGACGGUGCUGGCGGCGGCGGGUAAAGCCGACGAGGCGCUGGCGCUGCUGCAGAGACACCAGGGCAACCUGGAGGCUGUCGCGCUGAUUGUGCACAUCUACCUGGCGCAGAACAGGACGGACUUGGCGGUUAAGGAGGUGGCCAGCGCGCGGAGGCUGGCGCAGGAUAGUCUGCUGUUUAACCUGGCUGAGUCGUGGGUUGGGUUGAGGCUGGGCGGCGACAAGUACCAACAAGCAUUUUACGUCUUCGAAGAGCUUGCACAAGCACCCGCUACCUCUUCCGUACGGAGUCUCGUCUCGCAGGCCGUUGCCGAGCUCCAUCUCGGCCGCACAGAGGAGUCUCAGGCUGCUCUGGACCAGGCGCUCAAGAAGGAGCCCGGAUUCGCGGACGCCAUUGCGAACCAGCUCGUCUGGAGCGUCAUUACUGGGCAAGAUUCGGCUGAGUACAAGGCUGCCCUCGAGCAGGCUGAUCCCAACCACCCCUUCCUGACCGAUUUGGCCGAGAAGAGCGACCUCUUUGACAAGGCGGCGAUAAAGUACAAGGCCAAGGUUUCUGCUUAAGCGAAUGCUUUGGGCGAGACGAUGAUGAACAUGAAAGAUAUCUCUUAAUUCACAAAAAGGGCAAGCGGGGGGAAGCAACGAGAGACGAAAGACGAGGGCGUGGAAUAAUGUUUGUUGAAGAGGAUUCAAGGAGAACAAGAGAAGCUCUGUGACCUUGGUAGUGAUGCUGACAUGCGAGUAUAAAUACUAGACAGAGGAGUAAUGGUUCUCACGGCAAUGAGGUCGAGUCGAUCCAAUGCUUUCUGAACUUGGAUCUUGGAAGAUGUGUAGCAAUGCACUAUACAGCUGGGUGAAUGAAAGCAGCAUGUCGUAUCUCUUUGCAGUAUUCCGAUACAGUAACCUUGGCGAAAUGAUCAAGGUUUCAACUUUCAGCCUCAAUAGACCCGGGUACUGUCACGGGGGGCAUUACAAAAAGAGGGUCUUGUUACGUGAUGAGUUCCUUUUUGUAUCUUCUCCGUACGAACCCCUUACGAAGCCCGCGAACGCGCCAUUGAUAGCCG